AUGUCUAAUCAGUUGAUGUAUCGCAUAGCAGACAAGCUCCUCCACGUUCAGCACCUGCAAACCCACGAUGUCUUUCUGAAGGGGUUUCGGAUAUUUUUAGCAUAUCGACCAUCCCUAGAAACGUGGAUAGAUGCAAAUUACUCUCCUUAUCUGACCCAGAACUCGAGACAUUCCUACGAAGUGGAUAUUUCAGAUGCGGUCAUGACGCCUCCGCAAUAUGGGUAUUCGUUUCGCAGCCAGAGCUAUGCAAGGAGAACGCGACUAGAUUUAGAAGUAGAGCCAAUUGAUUUUGAAAUGUCUCUGGAUAUAGAGGAGCAGGCGGCUUUAUCAGCCCAAAAAGAGAGAAAUGAGAAAAGGAUUAGAGGAGCUGGAUACCACGUCUACGAGAAUUGUUCCCCGGGACGCGAGGGAUGUCAUGGGCCUUUUGUGAGCUUCUGCAACAGACAUCAAGGCCCUCAUCCGCAAUCCGGAGCGUCAAUGCCCCAAAACAUGGACGGGGAUGAUGAAAGAGAGCCGGCCAUCUGUGAGGAGGGACAAAACGAACAGAAUCAAGACAUAUCAGGAAUGGAAAUGGGCGUUGACUUGAAGGAAGGUGUGAGGAUAAAGACGGACUCCAGGGGCUACGAGGCUGAUGACGACGACGAACCAUGCGAGCCGGUACACAGCUACACCCACAUCUACACAGAAGACCGAAUUCUAACAUUGAGAAUCCCGUACCUGGGGCCGGUGGGAUGGACUGUCCCCGCCCGCAACGGAAUACAGACCACCAGGCCAUUUCUCAUUUACCAGGAUCCCACGGCUGGAUACGCAUCACCACCGAUGCCGGCAGAGGCGGGGAAACACAUCGAUGAACAUAUCCAUCUGCUAGCCAGCGAUGACAAGGAGAACGUGGCUGAUGACUUGGAAGAGGAAGAAGAUGAAAGGGAGAUGACUGAUCGGGAUAUAUAUGUGCAGGAUAACAUGGUGGCGGAGGCGGAGAGUAUUGUUGCGCUUGCUGCCAUGAAUGAUGGGUGGAAUAUACGGUCGUUGCGGAAUAGAUUGCAGCAUCUUGGGCAUCUUGGGCACGGGUAUCAUGGAAAUUCCAGCGACGCCCAAACGCAUGGUUUGGAUCCUCAGCUGUACGGGUAUGGUGAUGAUACCGGAGAAAGGUCCCAGCAGUACCUGGAUCACCAGCACCAACAGCAGCAACAGGAUGAUCAGCCAGAGAUGGAGAUUAAUGUCACUCCGGGUGGUUCAUUGGAAGCGAGUCCCGUACGGCCCCAACGGGCACAUGCGCAUUCGAACUCAGUUGUCAUGGUCAGUUCGUCACGUAGAGCUGGACGUUUGGACGAGGGCUUUCCAAGACCGCCAUCAGAGUUUUUCUGA